AUGGUGGAAACUGGUCGUAAGAUUAUCCCUAUCUUUUAUGGCGUUACACCUGCGGAUCUUAUUCGCCAGAAAAAGAAUGAAGGCGUCUAUGCAGAAGCAUUGAACAAGCAUCAAAUCAGAGAUCACUCACUAACCUCUCAAUGGAGAAUAGCCCUUGAAAAAGCAUCAAAUAUUUCAGGGUUGGAACUGGAUUCAAAAACGUUCGGCGGGGACCAGGGAAAGCUCCUGAAAUCUAUUGUCGCUCAAGUUAUGGAAUAUGUUUGGAAGGAGCGGGUGGGCACUACUGAUAGCGGCUUCGUUGGCCUAAAUGAAGCAAUCGACAAUUUCAAUUCCUUCCUAUCCAAAUGUAGCAAGCCUGAUGCCAGUGUUGUUAAGAUUGUGGGAAUUGUGGGAACUGCGGGCUCUGGGAAGACAACUCUAGCGGAACAUUUCUACUAUCGCCAGCGCUAUUGGUUUGACAGAUCAAGUUUGCUCUUUGGUGUAAGCAAAGCAUCUGAACGAAAUGGACUGCAAAGUUUGCAGAGGCAGCUGUUAAACGACCUCACGAACGACUCAAGUGUCAAAAUCAACAAUGUAAGUCUUGGCAAAGAGAUUCUUACAGAUCGUAUAAAUCGCCUAAGUCGCAAGAGAUCACUAAGAUUUCUCAUUGUAAUCGAUGGUGUUGAUCAUCGAGAGCAGUUAGAUGCUCUUCUCCUCAAGGAUUGUGUUUUGGGCUCGGAAAGCUGCGUUAUAGUCACGUCCCGUGAUAAGGCCAUCCUCAAUCUUUCAGGAAUCUCACUGCAGUACGAGAUGAAACCCCUCAGUCCCGAUGAUGCUAAAAAGCUCUUCAGAACACACGCCUUCCCAAAAUCUGAGUUUGUUUUUGGAUAUGAGGACUUGGUAGAAGUUGCUUUGAAAAAAUGUGGAGGCUUACCCUUAUUUCUCAAGGCUAUGGGCGAGCAUCUCCGUUUGUAUGGCAAUAAUAAUAGAGAAUAUUGGGAAAACCACCUGGAGACGAUUUCCCAAAUAUCUGACAUUGUUCAUGCCUACUAUGGUGGUCUUGAAGAAGAGGAGAAGCAGAUAUUUCUAGACAUUGCUUGCUUUUUCGUCGGAGUAGAAAGGAAUCGUGCAAUACGUAUAUUGGCUGGAUCAGGAUGGAGAUUUGUGCGCGCCCUUCAAAAGCUGGAGUACCUGUCGCUUGUUGAAACCGAUGAGAAGAACCGGUUAAAGAUGCAUGAAUGUCUCUGUAGUUUGGGAAAACAUAUAGCAGAUCAGCAUCUUUACAACUCCCCCUUUCUUCCCAAUCGCCUAUGGCGUCCACACGAUGCUGCAAACUAUCUCGGAGAUCUACUACGGGUGCCGAAACGAACGAAAUGUAGGGGAAUGACGCACGCUACUUGUCUUCGGCGCCAUGGAAAGGGAAAACUGAAAAUAGAACUUCUUGAUGUGGACGGUGAUCUUUCAUCUUCUAAAAUGAAGGAGCAAUUAACAGAUCUGAUAUGGUUUCGUUGGAAAAAUUGUCCGAGAAAAAGCAUUCCUCUUGUUAAGAUGAAGAACUUGAGAGUGUUGGAACUCGUGAAAGGGAAGCUCAAAAGGCUGUGGGAUCCUAGUCCUACUUUCAAGUUUCCCCCACAGUUGAGGGAGUUGAAUAUUAUAAAGUGCACCUCUUUUGCAACAAUGUCACCUAGGAUCGAAUCGUUUAAGCUUUUGGAGAAGAUGACAUUGCGUGGCGCUAGCAAUCUGAGAAGUUUACCAAAUGAAUUCUGCAAGCUUAAAUGUUUGAGAUACUUGGAACUAAGGGACUGUGAACGCCUGACAACCUUGCCAGAUUGUUUUGGGCUAUUGACAAAUCUUGAACACUUAGAACUUUCUGGCUGCAAACAGUUAUCUUCACUGCCACGUUCCUUUGGUCAGCUAACACAACUGGAAACUCUUGAUUUGAGAGAUUGUGGGAACCUGAUAAUCCACGCAGAUAUAUUUCGGCAAAUUAGGAGCAUUGAAGAGUUGAACUUCGAAAACUGUGAGAAGUUGCAGCUGUUGCCAACUGAAACGACAUUACAAGCCUCUUUGAAAAAGCUCAAUUUGGUCGGUACCAGUUUGGAAGAAUUGCCGGAAGAUAUCGAUCAAUUGACAAACUUGGAGCACUUAGAGAUAGGGAGUCGCUUCUUGAAAAGACUACCGUACCCUUCUCUGGAGAAUCUUCCAUCAUUGAUGGAGCUUCAGCUGCUCAAAAGCUCGCAGCUCAUUGAUCAUCCGCAAUCUAUCGGGCGCUUGAAUCUACGUUUCAUGGAAACAACUGGUGCUAUGAUAUAUGCACCGUGA